GCCGCUAUAUACGAAAAUGUUUUCUACUGCUCCACCGCAAUCAGCUCAAAGUUGUGAAUGUUUGUGUUGAUGUCCUUCGUGAAUACGCGCGAUCAAUUUGUGUCAUCUACUCAGUUUCCGAUCACACGCUAACGCUCUACCCAACUGGUGUUUCUCAGCACACAUCAAACUCCUGUUUAUCUGCUGUACACGUGCACUACUCAUGGGGGAAAAUCUCUUUCAUCCUUGGUGCUCAGAUAAACAAAGCCGCUUUGCUUUUCUUACCGGAAUCUUGCAAUCUCAUCCAACAGAUAGUUCUGUUCUAUGUAGGGCGCUUGAAGGUCCCAGUUCCACUGUCUUUAACACUCCCCAUCACGAUUCAGAUGACGAAACGUUCAUCUCGGGCCUUGUUACGUCUUUCCUUCAAGACCCGGAAGAGUUGCUCACCUCACUCAUCGGCCAAUCGAAACUUGAGAAUGUUCGCUCAGAUACGGCAAAAGAGAUGCUACUAUCAAAGUUGAAGAGCCAAGAUGAAUUCCAACUUCAUCGGGCCUUGUCUUGCCUUCUUAGCGCUAUUUGCCGCGUAGAUCCGAACUCCCCCGUUCUUCCUUCACUCCACUGUCUGUGCUCCUUCACAAUGGAAUCUUAUGUCAGUCGAAUCAAUCAACCUUUACCUCAAGACAUUAGUGAUCACAUCAUCAACCUGUCCAAGCUACCACCACAUCAUAUCUACGUUUUUGAGUCAUUGCUGCCAACGAAACAUUUCUCCGAACUUCCUUAUGUUCCCUCAUCGGCACUCUUCGGUCCGACGACAAUGGGGUCGGGAGACAAGUUUUUGAUGGAAAUGCUGGACAUGAAGGAUGUAUCCGAGAGUGUGUUCAGAGGUGAGCGCGUUUUCUCUCCAAAUACCAGAGCUAUUUACGGAGGCGAAUUAAUGGCCCAAGCGCUGAUGGCGGCCAGCAAAACUGUCCCUGAUGGCUUCAAGUCUCACAGUCUUCACUGCUAUUUCCACGAUCGAGCUAGCGUCCACACACCAAACGACUAUCACGUGACUCGGUUCCGCGACAGCCGCUGCUUCAGCCAUCGUUUAGUGGAAGCCUUCCCCGUGGACAAGGCCAAGUCUGCGGACAUUUCCCCAUUCUUUCGUAUGGAUUGUUCAUUCAAAGUCCCAGAGGAAGAUCCGGCUCAUUUCGUGGCUCCCAUGCCGAAGGUUCCUUCGGCCGUUGAUCUAAUGAGUACUCACACUUUCAUUCAAAAUUUGCCUCCACCUCACCUUCUGCCACCCCUAUUUGAACGACAGAAACGAUCUGCCUCCAGCCACUCGAACCUUCGUUCAACACUUUCUCACCUUCGAUCGACAUUCUCCCAUGGAGAUAAGAUGCUGUGAACCCGAAUACCUGUUCCAGUUGAAGACCAAUCACAGUGGCCGUCUGCAUUUUUGGAUGCGACUGAAAGAACGACCAUCUGUGGCUCUACUGCCCUUCAGAGAUGCUCUUCUGAGUUACUUAUCAGAUGUCGUUCUGAUUUGGGCGGCUUUUACCGAACCGCGCAACGUCAAGUUCUUGGUCACCUUGAGCCAGAGUGUUUGGUUUCACAAUCAUGAUGUGUGCCCUGAGCCAGAUGAAUGGAUUCUGUAUGAAACGAAGGUUAGUUACAUUGGUCACGCGCUAACAUUAUCAUACGGGGCCAUUUGGAACACAGAAGGCUGCCUACUGGCCAGCGCUGCUCAGCAAGGCUUGAUGCGAACGGAACACAUAACCGCGCCAUCAGAUGUCCUUGAUGGACAAGUUGCUAACUGACAGAACGCAUUUAUCCUUCAUUUAUUGUGAUAUACUUUUAUCUUCAAAAUGCCC